AUGGCCAGAGUCAGCGCUCCUGCCAAUCCCAGAACUACGAUCAUCAUCUUGCAUGGCGCGUGGCAUAAUCCCACCCAUUAUUACGAUCUUGCCGCAGUCCUUCGAGCUCUCGGUCACAAAGUGUUGAUUCCAAGACUCCUAUUCAUGAGCGGUGCGCGGCCGGCAAACUCGGGCCUCUACACCGACAGCGACCAUAUUCGCAGCUAUGCCGAAUCCCUCGCCGACGCAGGCCACUGUCUCGUGGUCUUGAUGCAUACCUACAGCGGGCAGCCGCUGGCCGCCAAUUUCGCCGACGACGGCACGGUCGAGUAUCGCGAUGUUGGCGAGCGCAUGGUUGGACCGGGUCUCUCAAAGGAAGAUCUGGAGUCUUACAUUGCGCGGCUAAAACCCUGGAAUGGGCAGGCGCUGUAUCAGGAGAUCCGGGAAGUCACCCGGAUGGAUAUUCCAGUCUCGUAUAUCCUCAGCCUGCAGGGUAUGAUGCUGCCGAUCGCAUAUCAGAACGUCAUGGUGGCGGGUAUAGGGGCUGCAGGAGGGAAGUUGAGACUUUUGGGCUAG